AUGUUCACACAGCCUACGCCGCCAUCGCCGGGUCUUUUCCCGCCUCUCACACCUUCCACAACCGCUCCACCGGCAUCUCCCUCGUCUCCAGGUAGAGGCAGCAGGUUACGAGGCUUAAUACAUCUACAUCUCUUGUCGCGCGACACGUCUAGCCUCGUCCACCACAAUAGGACCGUUCCCCAAGAUACAUCCAUAUCUGCACCUUCAAUCCAGCCUGCUUCCCCCACUACCACAUCCGCUGUUCCUCAUGAGGUCGACUCCGACCCGCUUAAUCCAGCAGAUCCAAACGACGAUUCGAGUAGGACCCAUCGCCGUCGCGCUAGUAGAUUCUCCGAGGCUGCUUCCGAGGCUUUGUUGAACUCAAGAUCCGAAUCAAAUCAUCUAGUUGAGAACCAGGAGCAUUCGUUAAACGCAAACAUGACGCGGACACGGUCAGCAACCACAAGCGACGUCGCUCACGAUGUGUUACCAACUAUACGCUUCUCAGCAUUCUUCGAUACACGAUCAAAUCGACCAUCCCUUUCGUUCACCCCGAUUUCGCGUACAUUACCAACAGGCAAGGAAACAAUUAAGGUUGGUAGAUACUCCGAGCGGGAGAACCACGCUCUCGUUCCUAUCAACACACCAUCAGCUGCGCCUGUAGGUUUUAAGAGCAAGGUAGUAAGCCGUCGUCAUUGUGAAUUCUGGUUCGAGAAGGGAAAAUGGUAUAUCAAAGAUGUUAAAAGUUCUUCUGGGACGUUUCUCAACCACAUUCGUCUAAGUGCCCCUGGUACUGAAUCCAAGCCGUUUCCCAUUAAUGAUGGCGACAUAGUUCAGCUAGGAAUAGACUUUAAGGGUGGGGAGGAGAUGAUUUACCGUUGCGUGAAAAUGCGCAUAGAGUUAAACAGAGGCUGGCAAUCAAAACCUAACACCUUCAACAUGGCAACACACAAACGCUUAAGAGACUUGACGUCAACGUCAGCUUCAUCAGCCCAUGCGCAGGACUGCUCUAUCUGCCUAAAUGCGAUAGCACCCUGUCAAUCGCUCUUUGUAGCGCCUUGUUCUCACACAUGGCAUUUCAAGUGUAUUCGGGAAAUGUUAAAUGGGCCGUCAUGGCCAAUCUUUAUAUGCCCGAAUUGUCGAGCCACGGCCGACCUAGACGCCGAAGUAGACGAGCCAUCUGACGAAUGGCAACAGCUAGACUCAGGCAUAGACGAUGCUCAGGAAGAGAAGACUACUCCUCCAGCUUCUCAACUGAACGGCGAAGCUAUACCGCUUGCAAUUUCCCAGUCGAAUGUUGAAGUUAACUCACGGCAGUCGUCUGGCGAAGGUGACGCGGGCGACGUGACAAUGCAGAUCGACGCUGCCGCAGCACAGUCAGUCCUAUUAAGACAUGCCGUGACAGAGCCGGUCCCCAUACCCAAUGCGACACCACGUGUGAGUAGUGGCGAUCGGUCUACAACUAAUCGGACGCCAUCACCAAACAGUAACCCCCCGGGGCCCGGUCACGAAGGCCCAAUCACUCCGCGCAAUGACGCAGGUCCAUGGGUGUUUGAUGGCAACCCAGCGCGAGCAAGCCAAGAAAGUACCCGGCGACCUGGUAUGAGCAGCCUGGAUGCCGCAGCACAAGUUGAAGUGGACAGAUCAUAG